AAAAAAAAAAAAAAAAAAUACUACAAUGUUUGCGUCGUAAUUUUGAUUUCGUGCAUCUGAUUAGGCAUAUGAAUAUCGGCGAUGGAAGGUGAAAAUCCGCUACUGAUCGCCGUCAGGGCGAGCUUCACGAGACCUUCGUGGGUGGUCCUCCUGCUCGUCUUCGCGGCACUCGCCGUCAUCGGCCUCCACGUCACGACCAACGCGAUUUCACCCUUCGGGCCGCCCGUACCCAAUCGGGCCGGAUCAGAGGAGCCCGAUGGCGGCGAUUCGCGGCCCAGCUGCUCCGGGAUCUUCGAGGCGCCGCCGCGGCGUAGGGUGGCGAGAUCCAUCGCGGAGUUCGGGGGCGUGGGGGACGGGAGGACGUCCAAUACGGCGGCGUUUCGGAGGGCGGUGGAGUACAUGGAUGGGUUCAAAGGGAAGGGUGGGGCCCAAUUGAAUGUUCCAAAAGGUCGGUGGCUCACGGGGAGCUUCAACCUCACCAGCGAUUUCACGCUUUUUCUCGAGGAGGGUGCAAUUAUCCUGGGCUCCCAGGAGCCGGAUGAAUGGCCGAUAAUCGAGCCUUUGCCUUCGUAUGGAAGAGGAAGAGAGAGACAAGGAGGACGACACAUAAGCCUUGUUCACGGGAAUUCUUUGGAAAAUGUUGUGAUUACAGGUUACAACGGCACAAUUGACGGUCAGGGGAAGAUGUGGUGGGAGCUUUGGUGGAACAAGACACUAAAGCACACGAGAGGGCACCUUGUUGAACUUGUAAAUUCUCGCAAUAUUCUCAUAUCCAACCUCACUUUUCGCAAUUCUCCAUUUUGGACCAUUCAUCCUGUUUACAGCAGCAAUGUCGUGAUAAGAGACAUGACAAUCUUGGCACCCUUAAAUGCUCCAAAUACUGAUGGCAUCGACCCAGACUCGAGCACCAACGUCUGCAUCGAGGACUGCUACAUCGAGAGCGGCGACGACCUCGUGGCCGUCAAGAGCGGAUGGGACCAAUACGGCAUCGCCGCCGCCAGACCGAGCGUCGGCAUCACCGUCCGCCGCGUCUCCGGGACGACCCCGACGUGCUCCGGCGUCGGCAUCGGCAGCGAGAUGUCCGGAGGAAUCCGGAACGUUCUCGUCGAGGACCUCCGCAUCCGCGACUCCGCCGCUGGGGUCCGCAUCAAAACCGACCGAGGGAGGGGAGGCUACAUUACCAACGUGACCGUGCGGAACGUGGUGAUGGAGAGGGUGAAGGUGCCGAUAAGGUUCAGCAGAGGCGCGGACGACCAUCCGGACGGGAAGUGGGACCCGCGAGCUCUGCCCAGAGUGAAGGGGAUAUUCGUGAGUGAUGUGGUGAGUGUGGGCUCGGGAAGGGCUCCGUUGCUCGGGGGAAUUGAGGGGGCUCCGUUUGAGGAUGUUUGUUUGAGGAACGUUACGAUACUCGGGCUGCGCCCGACGGCUGUGAGGUGGAGCUGCGAGUUUGUGUCGGGUUUUAGUGAUGGUGUGUGGCCCUUGCCGUGCUCGGAGCUGAGGAGAAAUGGGAGCUCCUCUUCAUGGUGUUUGAAUGCGUUCCGGUUUUAGUUUGGCGCGCGCACAGAACACACAGACACACACAAAAUCUUGAAGACUUGCGCUCAUUAUAUAUGAUUUGUAGGUUAGAUAUAAUUUUGUUUGCAAGGUUUUUGCUUGUUUUAGAUGUGACAAAACAAAAAGCCUGAUUUUUUUCAUAUGCAGAUAGAGUUACAAAAGUAGAUAUUUUUGAUUGAUUUCUUCAGUUUCAACUGGAUUAUGAAGUUUAUAUAAAUGUUUGGGAGAUGAGCGAGUUUCAUCUUUAGUUUUUAAUAGGAAAGUAAAGUAUGUGCCAUGUGAUGGUGUUGGCAAUGAA